CGAUUGUGAUGAAAUUUACUAACUUACUGAUUUUAUUAUUCUUUCUCUUGAGUCAAAAAAAAUAGCAAUUGUAAAAGAAUUAUGUUGGAUAAAGUCAAACAUGUAAUUUUAGUGCUAUCCGGUAAAGGCGGUGUUGGAAAAUCUACUAUUAGCACUCAAUUGGCUUUGGCAUUACGGGAAAGUGGAUUCAAAGUCGGUCUACUUGACAUUGACUUAUGUGGCCCGAGUGUGCCGUAUUUACUUGGAUUAGAACAAAGCGAUGUUUAUCAGUGUGAUGAAGGUUGGGUACCCAUAUAUGCAGACGAAAAUAAAACGCUUGCAGUAAUGUCGAUUGCCUUCCUAUUGAAGAGUCGUAAUGAUCCGGUUAUUUGGCGUGGUCCGAAAAAGACAAUGAUGAUACGGCAAUUUUUAACCGAUGUAAAAUGGGACGAAUUAGACUACUUGAUUAUCGAUACACCGCCUGGAACCUCGGAUGAGCAUAUUACAGUGAUGGAAUGCAUGCGGGAUGUGAAGUGCGAUGGCGCAGUGAUGGUGACCACACCACAAGGUGUUGCUUUGGAUGAUGUGCGUAAAGAGUUAACCUUUUGUCGAAAAACCGGUGUACAUGUGUUGGGUAUUGUGGAAAACAUGAGUGGGUUCGUUUGUCCACAUUGCAGUAAUUGUACAAAUAUAUUUUCAUCUGAUGGUGGGGUAGAAUUAGCCAAACGCUCUGGCGUACCUCAUCUGGGUACAUUACCAAUUGAUCCUCGCCUAAAUGUGUUGAUUGGUACAACUCGUUCAGUGCUAACGGAAUUGCCUGAAUCAAACACAGCCCAAAUUUUCAAGUCAAUUGUGAAACAGAUUACAAAUGGCGAUAUCGUUAAUGCCGUAAAAGAUUAAAUGUCCAACUUAAUUUUGUAAUGAUUAUUGAGAAUUCAAAAUUUUAAUAAAAAAAUGCUAUGAGACAUAUUUAUUCAUAUACACUA